CUACCUAGGCGGUAGAUGAUUGGAGGGAUUGCCAGACGCCGCACCAAUCAGAUCACCGGCUGGAACCAGGAAGUAGGUCUGGGGUCUGUCAGUGUGAGUAGCAGCGCAGGAGCAUGGCCGCUGGUGAGCACAAGACGCACACACAUCUGUCGUCUCAAAAACAAAGCAUUCCUCGAUGGUAAGGAUGCUCACUCCGUCCUGAAGCGUUUCCCCCGAGCCAAUGGCUUCUUGGAGGAGUUGAGACAGGGGAACAUUGAGAGGGAGUGUGGUGAAGAGAGCUGCAGUUUUGAAGAGGCCAAUGAAGUGUUUGAAAACAAAGAGAGAACGAUGGAGUUUUGGAAAACUCGCAGCGUCUACACAGUGAGCAGCAACAGUGAGGGUCGCUCUGAGCGUGCCGACACCGUCUACAUGGUGGUUCCUCUGCUGGGUGUGGCCCUGCUUAUCAUCAUCGGCCUCUUCCUCCUUUGGAGGUGCCAGCUUCAGAAGGCCACUCGCCGGCGGCCAGCCUACACCCAGAACCGCUACUUGGCCAACAACCGCAGCACCCGCACCUUGCCACGCAUUCUGGUUCAUCGGGAAACUGCGGUGCACAAUGAAGGCUCGCACCAGGAGUCCAGCCCACGUCCAACUGUGGUAGUGAGUGGUGCUGAGAGAGGAGGUUCCCAGUCUGACUCCCAUGCCCUCCACCAGCAGAACACUCAUGCCCUCUAUGUUCAGGACUCCUCCCUAUCAGUGGCCUCACGGCUGUCCGGUGCCACGCCACCUCCAUCUUAUGAAGAGGUGACGGGACAGCUGGAGAGCAGUGGUGAUGAGACCACAGCACCUUCAUACAGUGACCCUCCACCCAAAUAUGAGGAGAUCAUAAAGGAGAAAUGAAACAGAGACAAAAAUAAUGCUGCCAUGGCUAUUGCACCCCCAGUGUAUCUGAAAGAGGUCAAGGCUGGCAAAAAAGCAGUUGCUUUUCUCUGGUCUUCAUUUUAUUUUGGCAAACUUUGAAUUGCAGACUUUGUCCCUGCUGCAGCCAUAGCGGGGACUAAAUGUACAACAAGGUGCGAGGAGAGGAUUUGGAAAGCAGGACUCACUAAUCCACAGACUAGAAAAGCAGGCAGCUCUCAGUGCACAGUGUCACUGUGACUGUAAGGUAUCCUUUCCAACUGAGCGUCCUCUCUGUCAGUGUACAUACACUACAGUAUGACUCUUUAAACUGUAUCUACAUACGCAAAGUGGAAGUAUUGGGACUGAGCCAAAGUUAUUGUUUAGUUGAAUGAUCUCAUGCUUUCUUGUUGUUUUAGGUCAUUUACAAGUUUGGUUUUCACAGUUAGAGUUAAAAGUGAAGCACGUAUGUAGGCGUGAUUAAAAAGCACUUAGAACAUCUAAACUUUAAAGGAAAGACCCAUAAUCAACAGCCAGUUGGGCUCAGGGUUAUCUUUUAUGCUAAAUCUGUGUUCGACUUUAGAUAAUUCAACUGCGAACAAGACUUCCUAAUACUUACGCUAGUGACUGUAUCUCUAUUAUUGUUUUCAGACCACCUUCACACACCAGCUGCUCACUUACUGUAAGAGCAAAUCCCUGCAUUUAUUGUUCCUUUUCACUAAGUCCUCCAACCAGACAGAUUCCCCUCAUGUGAUGUCAUUUAGCUGUAAUGGACCUCAGACAGGACAGGUUGCUGAGAAAAUGCCUCUGGAAUAAACGGGUGUGGGCCAUGGCCUUACGGUGUUGACAGAGGGGACAGAAGACUGUUGCCAAGUACUCUACUCUGUUUAGUGCUUCAGGACUGAUUCUCAUGAGGUCACCAAGGUCUUAAUUUCCUCAGCACUGUACCAUACAGAGGCAUGUUUAUUUACUGCCAAAUGUACCUUGUCUUAAAACUUACCAUAUGUGCUACUUGACUACUAGUCUUACCAUCUACUUGUGGACCAAACUGAUAUCUACUGUGUUCAGGCCAGUCUCCCACUGCAGUUUAUGCUGGGGGCUUGGUAUUAAUACGUUAAAACCAGUAAUUUUUCUAUCCAAAAUUCCCAAUUCUUGUGUAUUUGUUGGUCUGGGUUAGUAAACCUAUUGCUCAAACGAUUAGGUGAUUAGCUAAUCAACAAAACAUUUACUAUACUUACUUUAAUCAAUUUAUGAAUAAGGUCAUUUUAGUCAUUUGUUAAGCAAAACUGCUAAACAUUUCCAACUUUAAAAUUUUUUUUGAGGACGUUUUAUAUGGUUGUAAAUUGAAUAUUUUGGGGUUGUUGGACUGUUGGUCCAUAGAAUCAUUUAUAAUGAAAUCAGUAGUUGCGAUGCAAGCAUAAAUACAUCUUUCUGCCCUCUAAAGCCGAACAGGAGUAUUAAACUAAGUGGACCUAGGAGGCAGUCUGACACAACGAGAAGAAUCAAUAUAAUUUUAUUGCCAAUGCCAAAACCUUCAUAUGCUUCUCUUGAUGUGACUUUUCUGGUAGUGCCAUGAAAUGCAGGACAAGUAGAACUGCUGCAAAACUUAGGACAAGCAUAUAUGACCCCGUUUUCAGGGGCAAAUCAAGAGAAGACGUAAUUCUCUACCAAGAUGAUCCAAAUACGCACAAACAUAUACAUUCACACAUGCACAAUCACAAUUAUGUAUAUGUACAAUGUGUAUUUGAAUGCAUGUACUGUAUAUGAAUAGAUAAACACAUACACAUUCAAAGACAUUCACACCCCAGGCACAAGCGACCCAAAUCUGAUUUCUUUGCCCAUAUGUGACUCAGAUCAGUUUUUUUCAUGACAGUGUGAACAGCACAAAUCAAAUGGAAUCUAUUCUUUUCAAUUCUGAUUCAGGCCACUUUCAUAUGUGGUACAAAUCAGAUACAGGUUGAUUUUUUGCAAUGCAACCUCAGUGUGAAUAGUCUUAUCAGAGUCUGUGCGACUUUUAUGUCACUCUUGAUCUACAUUCGUUGUGCAGGUCACUUCAGGACCGUAACCUGUUCACACUGGAAUCUGUUAUGGGCCACAUUUAACAAAUAAUGUAAACAGCCAAACAAAAAAUAUCAGAUUUGAGCAAUAACUCAGAAUUGACCACUAAGGCCUGCGGUGUGAACUUGGCCGAACAGUACAAUCCCAGUGACUCAGUAUAGCACUGAUAUUACAGUUGCAGAGUGGAUUGAACUGUUCUUGCUUCAGUCCUACUAUUAUAUCACAACCUUUAGUUGUUAUAUUUUACACGGUGCGAUUAGUGCAGCAGUAUAGUUGUGUGGACACCAGAUACAGUCAAAGUAAAUAAUUGUAAAUAACAAUAAUAACUUGCGUUAUUAAGUGUGGAGAUGCAGUCUCUCCCUCACUGGAGAAAUGACAUUAUGUAAUGCUGCACUGGGUAAACUUCAAAGAUAUGUGUACUUUACAUUUUUGCUGGCCAUUUUCAUAUUCAAGCUGUACAGUUUUAGAUUUUGUUUAUGUAUAUUUCCAAUGUUGGGUUUUCUGCCACAGUCUGGUGGUCUGGUCAGUUAAUUUUCAAAUCAUCAGAUUCUUCAUAUUUUGGUUUUAAACUGUUACCAUGCCAUGAUAACCUUGACAAAAAACUCAUGCACAAACUAUAUGGCUUACACAAUUUGCAGUCAGUUAACAGAUUUUUAAAAGUCAAUCAGCACACAUCUUAAAGCACAAAACUUUCCAUCCUAUAUUCAGUGAAAAAAAUAAGAGAUGUUAUUAAAAACAUUUCUGGAAGACAUUUUAUCUACCACCAGUCCUGGCACAUUCUCAUUUUGCCGACCCACUGUGCACUUUGAUAAAUAAAUAGGAUGUAAGACAUCAAUGAGAUUUUUCAAAUAUGGAGAGGAGGAGCAGAAACCUUGCUGUAUUAUUUUGCCUAUAUUAACUGUAUAUUUGACAGAAUUACAAUCGGCUCAGGUAUCCUUGCCAGCAGCUGCAGCAGCACCACCAGUAUUUGUACAUGAAGAUACAUUUUACAAUAUAGAUCAAUUGAAAAUAUUAUGCUUAAAAGGUCCAGUGUGUAACAUUUCUAUUGGCAGAAAUGGUGUAUAAUAUAAUAAUUUAGAUAUGUUUUCAUUAGUGUAUAAUCACCUGAAAUUGGUUGUGUUUUUGGUACCUUAGAAGUUAGUUUCCAUCAUAGUUUCUCCUAUAUGCUUGAAACAGGAACGUGAGGCAGACGGCCUCCCACCCAGAGGCUCAAGGUUUCUGCCUCCUAAAAUGGAGAUUUUCCUUGCAGCUGUUGCCAAGUGCUGGCUCAUGGUGGGAAGGAGUACAGUCUAGACAUGCUCUGUUUGAAAAGUGUCCUGAGAUAACUUUAGUUAUGAAUUGGCACUAUACAAAUACGAUUUAAUUGAGGUGAGCUAUUGAGCUGCAACUUCACCGCUAGAUGACACUAAAUCCUACACACUGGUCCUUUAAUACAUACCAUAUAGAAAAUACAUUAAAAAAUCUACAACAUCUACCAUGGUUUGCAAAAUGGUCAGUCAUGAUGUAAAGUAGUCUUUACGUGAUUCAUUCAUAAAACAUGCAAAGCAGUAUGGUUUGACUACAUUGUUACACAAGAAUGUAAAAUGCUCCUGGUGCAGCUUUAGAACCAUAUUAUUAACUGAUAAAAUGGAUAUGUGUCACUGUAAAACAAAUAAUAUUCUACAGCAAGAGGAGUUGUCUCUGUUUGCCACAGCCACUGCCAUGGUUACCAGUUCCAUUCCCUUUAGGCUACUCUGCACAUCCACCAAAAGUGACACAUUCAGUCUGUGUUCCAGUAAUGAAAAGUGUCUCCAUGUUAAUACUUUAGGUUUACAUUUUUGUUGCAUAUUAGAGUUUUACCUCACCACGUCUGAUAAGGUGCACUUAUAGCUUUCCGCCAGUGGCUUAUUUUUGUAUUCUAUCAUAUUAGUUAUUGCCUGCAACUGUUAGAGAUCGGGCCUUUGUUCUACCACAUUCCAAUAAGACAUAUCCACUGUUAAUAAAAUAAUAAAUGAUUGAUUUUA